CGCCGAAGGGGCGAGGGCCGCGCCAUGGUCCGGGCGCUUUUCGGCUGCUGGUUCCGCGUGGGCGGGGCCCUUCCGAUCAUCCCGCUGGGCCGGACUGUGAUACAGACCUCCAUGAGCAGGACCCAAGUAGCUCUGCUUAGCUUGGGUCUGCUGCUCAUCCUACUACUGUAUGUGGGGCUACCCAGCUUGCCUGAGCAGACUUCCUGGCUCAGGGGAGACCCCAAUGUCACAGUCCUGACUGGUCUCACCCCUGGCAACUCCCCCAUCUUUUACCGUGAGGUGCUUCCACUCCACCAGGCACGCAGGGUGGAGGUAGUGCUACUCCAUGGAAAGGCCUUUAACUCCCACACAUGGGAGCAGCUGGGAACAUUGCAGCUGCUGUCACAGAGAGGCUACCGGGCCGUGGCCCUUGACCUUCCAGGUUUUGGGAACUCGGCACCUUCAAAGGAGGCACGCACAGAGGCAGGGCGGGUGGAGCUGCUGGAGCGGGUGCUGCGGGAUCUGGAGGUGCAGAAUGCUGUGUUGGUGAGCCCCUCACUGAGUGGCCGCUAUGCCCUACCCUUCCUGAUGAGAGGCCACCACCAGCUACAUGGAUUUGUGCCCAUCGCACCCACCUCUACCCAGAACUACACUCAGCAGCAAUUCUGGGCUGUGAAGACCCCAACCCUCAUCCUGUAUGGAGAACUGGACCGCAUCCUAGCUCAAGAAUCUCUGCAACAGCUCCGCCACCUGCCCAACCACUCAGUGGUAAAGCUGCAAAACGCAGGCCAUGCCUGCUACCUCCACAAGCCACAAGACUUUCACCUCAUCCUCCUUGCCUUCCUUGACCAUCUGCCUUGAAAUAACCCACUACUCAGGCAGGUUUGACCUGAGUUUAGAGGGUUUGGACUACCUGUCACCAGGAAGACAGCUCCUGGAAUUAGAGGACAGAGGUCAGAGAUUCAGACCCAGCCAGAACCUCUCAUUUCAUCUCACAAAUACAAUAAAAAAGGCAUUUGUCUUGCCAA